GUGCGCAGUACAAGCAGUGCAAUUCCGAGUUUUACCUUAUUUACCCAUCGCUUUGGUGUAAUUGGCGCAAUUCGAUACCAAAAACACAAUCACUAAAGAACGAAACAGAAUGCCGCCGAAACGAAAGUCCACAACCGAUGAGGAAGACGACGAAUAUCGCCGCAAGCGCGACCGAAAUAAUCAGGCCGUUAAACGCAGCCGGGUGAAAUCUAAAAUGAAGACGGAAGAAACCCAGCAGCGUGUGAACGAUUUACGGCUCAGGAACCAGGUGCUGGAGGAUAAAAUAGACAAUCAAAAGAAGGAGCUGAAAUUCCUGAAGGAGCUAUUUCUAACACAGGCACAGGCAAAGGCAGAGAAGCUGGUCGGGAUCAAUAUAAACGAGCUGCUCCAGGAUGACGAUAGCGAUAAUGACGACGACGAAGGUGAAUCUAGCAAAAAACGCGUCAAAGAACACCCGAAAGGUGAAGGAAGCAAAAGCAGAUCUCGGAGGUAAAAUGCAGAAAGUGGAUCAAUAAUCUCCGGCGAUCUAGUACCGAUCAUCGCAAUAAGUUAAAGUUUUGUUAACGGUUAUCGUGAAUGUAUUAAGUAAUCCGCUUUAUUGUUUUGGUGCACAAUGUUCAGAUAGGGAUGUUACUUACUAGUAAUGUCCAUACUGAGUCACCCAAUUUGAUAGAGCUAAUUUUCACAUAUUAUUAUACAUCUUUGAGUAUAUGUAGAAUAGCCGUAUGUAGAAAAGUGUAUCGUUAGACGCAGUACAAUAUACUAUACACCACAAACUCAGAAUAAGCACCCCUAAAGAUCCGAUGAUCCUAAAGGCCGAAAGGAGCAGCGAGCGGAGUGCAAGAGAGGAGGUGGUCUUAAAUAAGCGCCCUUGUGGAUAAAUGGCCGUGUGGCCUAAUGGAGAAGGCGUCGGACUUCGGAUCCGAAGAUUGCAGGUUCGAGUCCUGUCACGGUCGCACUCGCAUUUGUGAGAGAAGUUUUUUUCCUCUUUUCGUGCUAUCACCUUUUCAGAUCAUAUGAAUGCAGAGCAUAAAUGUUAGCGCGUUAUUUCCUUACAAAUGCAAUUUUAUUGUCUUUAUAUGUAUAUGUGUUAAAUAAAAUUUUAU